CUCCCCUGUGCCUGCUGUGCCUUCUAACUGUAAGAACGCCGGCUGAAUUCGAACGAGGUAGACGGUUUGCAGAAGCAUAUCGUGGGUCUGCCACGUGAAUUAGUGCAUCAUGAGGGAAUGCCUAAGCAUUCACAUUGGACAGGCAGGCAUCCAGAUGGGCAAUGCCUGCUGGGCCCUGUACUGCUUGGAACACGGAAUUGAGCCAGACGGGAAGAUGCCAUGCAACAAGGUUUCUGCAGGAACCGAUGACUCCUUUAACACUUUCUUCGCUGAAACUGGCGCUGGCAAGCAUAUUCCCCGCGCAGUCUUUGUUGACCUUGAGCCUACAGUUGUUGAUGAGGUGCGCACCGGCACUCACCGUCAGCUUUACCACCCAGAACAGCUCAUCUCUGGCAAAGAAGACGCUGCAAACAAUUAUGCCAGAGGCCACUACACAAUCGGAAAAGAAAUUGUGGACCUUGUUCUUGACAGAAUCCGCAAAUUGGCGGACCAGUGCACUGGACUCCAGGGCUUCCUUGUUUUCCACAGCUUUGGUGGAGGCACAGGUUCAGGGUUCACAUCCCUGCUUAUGGAGCGUUUGUCCGUUGAAUACGGCAAGAAGUCAAAGUUGCAGUUCUCAGUCUACCCUGCACCUCAGGUGGCUACAGCAGUUGUAGAGCCAUAUAACUCGAUUUUGAUGACCCACACAACACUGGAACAUACAGAUUGUUCAUUCAUGGUGGACAAUGAGGCUAUCUACGAUAUCUGUCGGCGCAACCUGGACAUUGAUCGGCCAACCUACUCCAAUUUGAAUCGCCUAAUUAGCCAGAUUGUGUCGUCAAUCACGGCAUCUCUGCGCUUUGAAGGUGCCUUAAAUGUUGAUCUCACAGAAUUCCAAACAAACCUGGUGCCUUACCCAAGGAUCCACUUUCCGUUAGUAACUUAUGCCCCAGUGAUUUCAUCGGAGAAGGCAUACCAUGAACAGCUUACAGUGGCGGAAAUCACAAGCGCUUGCUUUGAACCAUCCAACCAACUGGUGAAGUGCGACCCUCGUCGUGGGAAAUAUAUGGCUUGCUGCAUGCUGUACCGGGGCGAUGUAGUCCCCAAGGAUGUCAAUGCAGCGAUUGCUGCAAUUAAGACCAAGCGAAGUAUUCAGUUUGUCGACUGGUGCCCUACUGGAUUCAAGGUCGGCAUCAACUAUCAGCCACCAACAGUGGUUCCAGGUGGAGAUUUGGCCAAAGUACCACGUGCAGUGUGCAUGUUGUCUAACACUACUGCAAUUGCUGAAGCUUGGGGUCGUUUGAAUCAUAAGUUUGAUCUUAUGUAUGCUAAGCGAGCAUUUGUCCACUGGUACGUUGGUGAGGGCAUGGAGGAGGGAGAGUUCGCAGAGGCCAGAGAAGACUUGGCAGCAUUGGAAAAGGACUACGAAGAAGUUGGUUCAGAUUCUGUUGGAGCUCCUGAGGAAGUUGAAGAAUACUAAGCAGUUUUACAUGCUCUACAAGGCGCUGGAGUUAAUGCACUGCCCUGCAGCACCCUUGUGCAAAGGCUUUUCUUUUUUUUCCCCCACAGAUGCCAGAGAAGACUUGGCAGCAUUGCAAAAGGACUAUUAAGAAGUUUGUUCAGAUUCUGUUGGACUUUUUUUUUUGGCUCCUUGCAGUCUCCCUGACCUUGAAAUAAACUUUCUCUAAGGCUUUGUUGCC